GAUUACAAAAUUAAUAAUACAUUCAAUACUAAUAGUGUAUUAUUGUGUGCCGUCGGCGGUGACGGCCAUAGCGGACGCAAAACGUGCGCCAAAUGUGAUAUUGUUUGUGGCGGACGACAUGGGUUGGGCUGACGUGGGCUAUCACUCCGACCACAUUCUCACCCCUAAUAUCGAUAGUCUGGCCGCCGAUGGAGUCGUACUCAACCACUUCUACGCCCAACCCAUAUGUAGCCCGAGUAGGGGUGCGCUCCUGACAGCCGUACAUCCCAUACAUCUGGGCCUUCAAAACGCUAUCAUUUACACCGAAUCGCCGACUGGCCUACCAUUGGAGCGCAAUAUAUGGCCCCAAUAUCUCAAACAACGUGACAAUUAUGCCACACAUAUUGUCGGCAAAUGGCAUCAGGGCUUUGCCCGCCGCGAGUAUACCCCCACCUACAGGGGCUUUGACUCGCACGUGGGCUUCUGGUCGAUGGCCAUCGGGUAUUACGAUCACCAAAACUGUCAGUCGGGCGGCAACUGUGGCCUCGAUUUUCACCACAAUAUGGAUGUCAUAACAAACGCGUCGGACAUCUAUUCAACGCGUUAUUUCACCGAUCGAUGCGUUCAUAUAAUCGACCAACACAACACAUCGCAACCCCUAUUCCUAUACGUGCCCUAUCAAGCGGUUCAGACACCGUUUGUACCCAUACGGGAGCGCAUGGAUCUCUUCCCAUACAUCCGGUCACCCGAACGCCGAGUGUUGGCCGCAAUGGCCUAUAGUAUGGACGAGUCUAUCGGCACUAUUAUGGAGGCCCUCCAUAGCAAGCAUAUGCUCGACAACAGUAUUGUUAUAUUCAUUAGCGAUAACGGGGGCCACCCUUUCGAGCAUAACAAGUGGACACGAAGCGCGACGAGUGGUCCUAGAGCAAAUGAUGGUCAGAAUCGACCGCUAAGGGGUGGAAAGUUUUUGCUUUACGAAGGAGGCAUACGAGUGCCGGCACUUGUGUGGAGUCCAUUGCUUAACAAAAGUGGUUACGUAUCGCAAGCUUUGGUUCACAUCACAGAUCUCUUGCCAACAGUUUUGGAAGCUAUCGAUGGCACGAGACUUAAUGAUGAUGAUCAUAAUUAGGUGUUUCCCAAUGGAAAGUGCUAUCAAAUAAUGAACGGCCCGUUCGGUGGGAAAUACAACACAAUGUGGACAACAUUCAGAAUUCAUCGGCCAUUCGAUGGCAUGACUGGAAACUAAUCCAAACGAGUAAACCCUUCGGACAGUCGCCGGCGGAUUACAACCACUUUCCCAUCGAUAUCGGCCCCCAUUCGCGGCCAACGGUUCAACACAACGACCGCUUGAAUAGCAAAACGUAUCGCAUUUUGCGUCAAAUGAAUCGCCGACCGGACUAUACAGUGUUGAGC